AUGGCUGAUACCCCUGGAUUCCUCCUUGUCGCAAACCGUAAGGAUAUCCUCCGUGUGGAGCUGGACCCAGUUGCACACAAAACUCUGGUCCCACGUCAGAUGGCAGCUGUAGCUAUCGAUUUCGACUUUGGCACGGGAUUUGUUUUCUGGACUGACGUAGCUGAAGGCAAUAUCCAGCGUGUACCGGUCGAUAACGGCGGAAAUACAGAGGUGUUGAUAGAUGGUCUUGUAUCGCCUGAGGGACUGGCUGUUGAUUGGAUGAAUAAGAAGCUGUAUUGGACCGACACGGGGACAGAUACGAUUGAAGUGGCGGGCUUCGAUGGCGGCCAUAGAAUGGUUCUGAUUAAUACAGGACUGAAAAAACCGAGAGCUCUCGUUGUACACCCCAGUGCUGGAUACAUGUUUUGGUCUGAUUGGGGAAAUGCAGCCAAAAUUGAAAAAUGCGGUAUGGAUGGAGAGAGUACAUCACGGAAAGUUCUCGUCAGCAAUAACAUCGUUUGGCCAAAUGGACUCACCAUAGACUACAACGACGAUAGAAUUUGGUGGUCUGAUGCGCGAUUGGGCACGAUCGAGUCCAUAGACUUAAACGGUGGAGAUCGAAGAGUCACUUUACGAAGCAACCGAGCUCGGUACACCUUCGGUAUUUCACUUUUUCAAGACUCUGUCUAUGUAGCCAAGCGGCAGGGAGGGCGGAGGAUACUUAAAAUGGACAAGUCUGGGAGCAAGAGACCGAUGACCAUACUGCGACAUCUGUAUGGACCACGAGGAAUUGUGGUAUAUCAUUCGUCAAGGCAGCCGGGAACAGGCAACAAUCCAUGCAGUGAUUCUGUGGAUUCCGGAGGCUGCAGUCACAUCUGUUUAUUAGCUCCAAAAGAUCUCGCUCCAAAAGGUUACUCUUGUCACUGUCCCCCUGGAUUGGUGAUGCUUCAAGAUCAAAAGACGUGCAUGUCCUCAGAUGGUUUAAAGUGCAGUGAACGAAUGUGUCUCAAUGGAGGCACCUGUAUCGAAAAAGCAAAAACACUUCCCAGAUGUAGUUGCCCGUCUGAUUAUAAAGGACCCAGAUGUCAAGAAAUCAUCCCAACGCUGGCACCAAUGCAAGUUUCCACCACAACUUCUCCCUCAACGAGAAAAGCUUCCAAUGGAUCCUGUGGUGCCGAUCAGAUCAUGUGUAAAGAUACAGGAGUGUGCGUUGACAAAGCUUCUGUUUGUGGUGGUGACGAUGGUGAUUGUAGAGAACUCUCAGAGGAAGAGCUCUGUGGUAAUGCAACCGUUAUUUCAAAAUGUGGAAGUAAACUAUUUAAAUGCCGUGAAACAGGACACUGUUUGAAAAACUUUCAUGUUUGUGACGGUUCUUACGACUGUGAUGACAAAUCAGAUGAAGAAGGCUGCAAUAGUACAGUUCCUUGUGGUGCCAGUGAGUUUAAAUGCCGCGACUCUGGAGCAUGUAUGCCCGAGAUUGUAUCCUGUGAAAAAUUUCCUCAAAUAGGAGAAAAGGCUUGCAUUGCAGUUAACCCAACAGCACCCAUCAGCUUACCGGCGGCGUCACUUGAGACUUGUAAGUACAACACUAAAUGA